AUGAGCCAAGAAACCUUGGGAUUAGUGUUAAAUGAUGGCCAUGGACUGUUGCUUCGAGCAGAAGGUGACCUGGAAUAUACGUCACGUGAUCAGAAAAGUGGUUUCUUUACAUGCAUUGCAGAAAAAGCCAUUGAUUUGGGUCAAUUUGUGGAAGAGGAAGAAGAAGAAGCUGUGAAGAAUGAUGGCAAGGAGGAGCAGUUCCUACCGACUAUACGUCUUGAUACUAACAGACGUUCACUAUUGAUUACCAAGUUUGAAACGAGUAAAUGUGAGCGUACGCUUGUUGUAUCGAAACCCAGAGAGAUCAUUGAGUAA